AUGGUCGGAAAGCGAGCAUUCAAUAGCGGUCGCCGACCCGAAACCCCAAAAGACCCAGACGAUCUCGAGUCGGGCCACAAGUAUAGACGCUUCCAGGGCUUCAGAGAUGCGGUCGAGUACGCCAUGGACCGCCAAACCACGGCCAGCUUGAAGGCCGAGUUGCUCAAGGGCGUCAAGCAAGGGGCUUUCGAGAAGGCCAGGAAGAGUGACGAGGAGCUGAAGGCCAUCAAGAACAAGAAACUGCGCCACUUCUACCAGAGCCAGAAUGCGACGCUGAACGCGUGGGCCGAGGUCGACACCAUUGUGCUCGCCGUGGCGGACGAAGUGAUGGAAAGCAUGAAUACCGACGCCGACCACGACGGCAUCCGCGAACGCGAAGGCAGACUGCAACACGUCGAGGAGCACGUCGAAGAGAUGCUGCCGUACAAGGUGCAGGAGGAGCGAAGAAAAGCCGCCAGGCGUGCCAGAUGGGCCAUCAACAUCAAUGUCAUAGCCAACAUCAUCCUGCUCGUCGCAAAGGGAGUUGCGGCCCUGAAGUCUUCCUCGCUCUCCCUCAUCGCCUCCCUGCUGGACUCGGCCCUCGACCUCCUGUGCACCGCCAUUGUCUGGACCACGAAUCGCCUGGUCUCGUGGAGACUCUCGGCACUGGCCAGGAAGUUCCCCGUCGGCCGACGGCGGUUCGAACCCGUGGGGAUUCUGGUCUUCUCCAUCAUCAUGGUCAUCUCGUUCCUUCAGGUCCUGCAGGAAUCCGUCGAGAAACUCCUUCCCAGCGGCAACCACGAAAUCGCCACGCUCCCAGCCCUGGCCAUUGCCUCCAUGGCCGGCACCGUCGGCCUCAAAGGGCUCAUCGGACUGGGCUGCAUCAAGAUCAAGACCACCCAAGUGCAGGCUCUGGCCCAGGACUGCAAAACCGACGUCUACUUCAACACCCUCUCGUUGCUAUUCCCGCUCAUCGGCAAACACGCCGGCGUCUGGUGGCUGGACCCCCUGGGCGCCGCCCUGCUUUCUCUGUACAUCAUCUACGACUGGGCCGACACCUGCGUCGAGAACGUCACGCGCCUGUGUGGCCUGGCCGUCGACGAGUCCCUGCACCAGAAACUCAUCUAUCUCGGUUUCCGUUUCAGCAACCUGGUGUCCGGCUUCAAAUCGGUCAUGGCCUACCAUGCCGGCGACGGCGUCUGGGCCGAGUACGACAUUUUGCUGGACGGCGCGACGCCUUUGCGCCGUACCCACGACAUCGCCGAGACCUUGCAGUAUUGUGCUGAAGCCUUGGACGAAGUCGACCGUGCUUUCGUCACCACCGAUUAUUCCGUGCAAAACCCUGGCGGACACACGCGAGAUGUGAGAUAG